AUGACGGGAGAGGAGGAUAACACGAAUGCAUCCUCAAAAAGACAGCCCUAUCAGGAUGCGCCAAUUCCAAAUGAAGCCGGCCUUUUGUGUGCUCUACCUGUGCGCCGGUCAUCUGGUCGCCAUGCGGGGGAUAUGACAGGAUCAUCGAGAAACCCGUCUCCUAGGGCGGUUCAGCAAGCACAGAGCCCGCAGUCCAAAAACUUCGAGAUCGUCCUCGUUACAGAUAACGAGUCACGGCGUCAGGUCCGCCGCCAUGCAAUGCGGCAAUAUAUGCGUCAGCGGCGCUUGGACAGCAUUGCUCGACUGGAGACGCCUCGUUUGCCAAUCGGCGGCUGGGUCAGCCGCCAGGUACCGUCGGAAGCUUCAUCAUCCAGCAGUCCACCCUCUCCAGUUGAAGUCCCUGUCAAAGACAUUUCUGCGGAGGAGGAGAAAUUAUCUCCGGUAAAAUAUGGGGAGCCAUGCAUCCCAGAGAGUGGGAUAGGGCCACUGAUGCCUUUAGGGUCAAGAUCAUCCGAUGUCAAAGCUGAAGAGCCACCUUCUCCUUCCCUUCCCAUCGUUAGCUAUACACUAUCAGAUCCUCGGUCCAGCCCUGGUCAUGGGGUCAUGGAGGAUCCAUUUAGCUGCUAUCCAAUCCCUGUUAGUCACUCUGACCAUGAGUUAAUUCAACACUUUAUUGUGACAUAUCCAUCCAUGAUGUAUAAAUUUGCCGAUUCCGUCGCGAACAACCCAAUGAUGGAGAUUUUCCGGCAGAUUGCGCUGCAUGACAAUCUUUCAUUUCAGGCGAUGCUUGCUAUUGCCUCAAAACAUCGAGCUGGAGUGGAAGGCAGGGCGGACUCUGUUGAAAGCCUCACUCAUAAAAUGCGGGCGCUUCGAUUAAUAAAUGAGCGAAUACAAACAGACUCUCAGGGACUGCAAGACGGCACAAUAUACGCAGUAGCCACAAUGGCAGUAAUUGAGAAAUGGUCAAAGGAUGCUUCCAUUGAAAGGGUGCACUGCAUGGGACUAGCAUCCAUGGUUCGGAACCGCGGCGGCAUGCGAGGCAUGCGGGCUUCUAGUCCCUUUUUAGAGAAGGUUCUGUACUGGGUGGACAUAAGCUGCGCACCCAAAGCGGUUUAUACCUCAUGUCUUCCAUGGACUGGUGCCCUACCCGACACUUCUCCAGAGAGCCUGGACUUUCUUGCUCCUGAUGUGCACCUCGCUAUUCCCCACACGCAAACAGCGGUAGAAUCAGCCGAGAGCCUGUGCGAUCAAUAUCGUGCUUGCGAGGAUUUUCUGCGAUUUUUCCGCUGUCUACACGAGCUGGAGAUGGCUGCGUUAGGCUUUCCUGGGAAUGUCUCCAGAAGCAGUGCAGCUCCUCGCGUCAGACGCUUCAGCCCGGGAACACCGCUCCAUUCCAUUCUGACUAUGCUUCCCGAUUACGACCACGGGAUUCGGGAUAUCCGAUUCAUCGAUGAAUACACCUGUAUUGCCUGUCUGUUCUUCCUGGCCGUCGCACUCUACGACUCCUAUCGCAACUCUACCAAUUUUGACCGCUACCUCGACUGGCUGGACCGGGAAGUCCAAAGGCUCAACCCCUUCACCAACCCGAGCAUCACAGCUGUCCUCUGGAUCUUUCUCAACAACGGCGGCUACCCGCAGGGAGAAGCAGGCGACGCCGGCGAAAGAUGCUGGGUCGUGUCCCGCAUGGUACGCAUUGCCAAACGCCUCGAGUGGAAACGCCAGGGCACCAUCUGGGACCGUCUCCGGCAGGUCCUGAUCAACUUUAUCCUAACCCAGCAGGAAUGCGCCCUGGGGUCGGACGGCAUUGACGAGGAAGCCUUGGUCGCCCGGCAACAGAGACGCCUGCAAUCAAGCGAGUAUUUCUGGGACGAGAACGAAAUGCGCGAGGAAAUCCUGGGAUCAUAA